ACGAAGCUGUCCGCCGCCAUUUUGCUUGUGGGCUGCCGCCCGCCGUUCCAUCUCCACCGCGGCUAGAAGACAGCCAACUGGAGGCAGAGCGGUGGACAGAAUCUCCGUCUAUUUCACAAGAGAUGCAUUCAACAAUUCACCGAAGGUUUGGGAAAGUUUCGGUAUUUGAUGGGAUUGGUUCUUUAUCCCCUUUCCCUGAGUAGCCCUCAAGUCUGGAUAUCGGUGAGCUUGGGCGCGCCACUGCUGGGUGGAAGGAUAAUGAUUGGAGGCCCUGGAAAGACACCCCACCCCAUGCACUUUCUCCCACUCCCAAAACCACCUCAGCCCUGGUCUGCCCUUCUCCCUCCCCCUCCUCAGUCUAGCCUCCAGCGCGGGAUGAACUCGGUUGGGGUGUCACUCGACGCCCACUAGGGGCUGAGGCGGUUCCAGUGCGCAGGCUCCGAGCACCGGAUAAAAGCGGAGCUGGCGAGUCCAGCGCCGUCUCGAUGGAGGAGCGAGAAACGGAAGAGGUCGGGGGGAGAAGCAGCAGGAAAAAUACAGCCACCGUCAGCGCCGCCUCCCUGCCACCGUGUAUCGGGCUCUACAGCCUCCCGGAGCGCUUGGUAAGCGGAGUCGGGAGAGGCAGAGGCGGUCCGUGCAGCCAAUCAGUGCCCGAGGUGUUCUGUUGGGCGUGUCGUGAUUGGCUAGCGGUGACCUCAUGCUGCAGCAGCGGGCGGGGCCAGAGCCGUCGGGGGAGGCUGUUGCGGAGAGAGAGCAGUGACGAUGGUGUUCAUUGCUGCCGUGGCCGGUGUGGAACCCAAGCGGUGGCGAAGGGAAUCUCAAGGCUUUUCCUUGACUAUUUUCUCCUGUCCCUGCGCGAGGUGAGGGCCCCGGCUCGGCCUCUGCGAAACUUCGGGGUGCUGGCGUGGACGAGGAGACACCAAUUUUCCCAUGACUUUAAUAACUGCGUCAGGGCAAGAUGGCGCUGGGUCUCCUUGGGGCGCGGGGGGAGAGGCACGUCCACCGCCGCCGCAGCGCAUGUGACCGGGCUGCAUUUCUGUGGGGUUUGGCUCAGACCCAGGUUAGGGCGGGGGAGGGGAAAGGGCUGGGGCGGAGGAGACUGUGGUGCGGUCGGCGUCGGCCGCCUGAAGAGGAAGAGUUGACUGUUGAGGGCGCUUCGCUUCCCCCAUACUGCUUAUAACAGCCGCAGCUCUUAGGGAGAAGCCCCGGGAGGGACACUCCUUAGGGGGUGUGACGGCUGUUGGUGGAGGGGAAGGUUUGGCGCCGUAUUUUCUUACCUGCCUUUCUCCUUGCGAGGUGUAUUUACUUAAGGUGGCUGGUCUCUAAUGUGGGAAUCGGAAUCAACCGUGAGUCCCGAAGGGCCACUGGACUGAGUAAAAAGGAGAGUCUAGUUCCUGGGCCACAGCGCCGAGGAGUAUCGAUUAUUUUCUGAGAAAACGUAAAGUUUCUCAGAUCCGAAUGGCAAAAUAUUCCCUAAGUUUGGAAACAAGUGUAAAAGUCGUGAUAAUACCCAGGAACACUUUUAGUUACCUAAAAGAAGAAACCAAGGAGUGUAUCAUCUGAAAUUUGAGGGGCCCUCUUCAAACUUGUCUUUUCCGUCUGUAUUUACUUUCUUCCCGUUUCCUCCCUAUCUGUAUAUUCUACAAGAAUGUGAAAUCUUAUCAGUGGAUUUGUUUUUUUAAUUUAGACGUGAUUAGUAAUACAGAAUAAAAGUUGCCAGUGUUGUA